UUGCUUACAGUCAAAUACAUGACCAUGGGGGAUAUGAAGACCCCAGAUUUCGACGACCUUCUCGCAGCCUUUGACAUACCAGACAUGGUUGAUCCAAAAGCAGCUAUUGAAUCUGGACAUGAUGACCAUGACAGCCACAUCAAACAAAAUGCUCACCCGGAAGAAGAUUCUCAUGCCCCAUCAUCAUCUGACGUCGGUGUGAGCGUCAUUGUGAAAAAUGUGCGUACUAUUGAUUCUUCCGAAGGAGUGGACAAGGACGGCCACCACUCCACAGGCAAUGGCUUGCAUAACGGUUUUCUAACGUCGUCAGCUCUUGAUAGUUACAGUAAAGAUGAGGGGAAGACACUUAAAGAUGACGGGUCAGCUUCUGAGACUACACUGAAGGAUUCAGCUUUCAACCAGUUUAGCCCAAUAUCAAGUGCUGAAGAAUUUGAUGAUGAUGAAAAAAUUGAGGUGGAUGACCCUCCGGAUAAAGAGGAGAUGCGAGCAAAUUUCAGAGCAAAUGUGUUGGCGGGAUCUGUAUCUCAGCAGGAGUAUGACAAACUAAAGGCACUUGGAGGGGAGAACUUGAUUAAAUCUGGAAUCCCAGUUUCAAGUAGUAUAGAUAAAAAUAAAGUUGCAAAACGAGAGACAGAGUCAAACUCCAUGAAUUUAAGUGUCUAUGAGCCUUUUAAAGCUCGAAAAACAGAGGACAAGUUGCUGAAAGACAAUUCUGAGAAGCUCCUUGAGAACAGGGUACUUGAUGGAAAACUGGGUGCUGAAAAAAAUGAAACAAAUCUUGCCAGCAUUUCACAGUCCAAAGCAAAGUCAUCAGCAAAGCUUUCUUCGUGCAUUGCUGCGAUUGCAGCACUGAGUGCUAAAAAGGCAGCUACAGAUACCAGUAAAGAUUUACAGUCUAAUUCAGGAGAAUCUUCUCCGCUACCAAAAGACAUGAGUGAAAGUCCCCGGGCCAUUGAAAAAUCCCCUGAAUCUCAGAGUCUCAUUGAUGGUGCUAAAAAGCCAUCUAUAAAGCCACCCGAUAGUCCCAGAAGUGUGUCGAGUGAAAACAGUAGCAAAGGGUCUCCAUCUUCUCCUGCAGGGUCAACACCAGCAAUUCCUAAAGUUCGCAUAAAAACCAUCAAGACUUCUUCUGGGGAGAUCAAGAGAACUGUUACCAGGGUGUUGCCAGAAGUGGAUUUCGACUCUGGUAAAAAACCGGAGCAGACAUCUUCUAUGGUGACUUCCAUGACGUCCCUCCUGUCCUCGCCAAAUUCUGCUGCUGUGCUUUCCUCUCCCCCUAGAGCUCCUCUCCAGUCCACGGUUGUCACCAACGCCGUUGCAUCUGCAGAACUCGCACCGAAGCAGGUCACCAUCAAGCCCGUGGCUACUGCCUUUCUCCCCGUUUCAGCAGUUAAAACCGCAGGUUCACAAGUUAUUAAUUUGAAGCUCGCUAACAACACUACAGUGAAAGCCACUGUAAUAUCCGCUGCUUCCGUGCAGAGCGCCAGUAGCGCCAUCAUAAAAGCUGCCAAUGCCAUACAGCAGCAGACUGUUGUGGUGCCAGCAUCGAGCCUUGCCAGUGCGAAACUCGUGCCAAAGACGGUCCAUCUUGCCAACCUUAAUCUCCUGCCUCAAGGUGCUCCAACCACCUCUGAACUCCGCCAAGUGCUAACGAAACCUCAGCAGCAAAUAAAGCAGGCAAUAAUUUCUGCAGCAGCCUCACAGCCUUCUAAAAAAGUGUCUCGAGUCCAGGUGGUGUCAUCUUUGCAAAGUUCUGUAGUGGAGGCGUUCAAUAAGGUGCUGAGCAGUGUCAACCCUGUACCGGUUUACAUCCCAAACCUUAGUCCCCCCGCCAACGCCGGAAUCACGCUACCGACGCGAGGUUACAAGUGUCUGGAGUGCGGCGACUCGUUUGCUCUCGAGAAGAGCCUGACCCAGCACUAUGACAGGAGGAGCGUGCGCAUUGAAGUGACCUGUAACCAUUGCACAAAGAACUUGGUUUUCUACAAUAAGUGCAGUCUUCUUUCCCACGCUCGUGGGCACAAGGAAAAAGGAGUUGUAAUGCAGUGUUCUCACCUGAUUUUAAAGCCAGUCCCAGCAGAUCAAAUGAUAGCAUCUCCUUCAAGCAAUACUGCUGCGUCCAUGCUUCAAAGCCCGGUGGGAGCUGGCACGCACAGCGUGACAAAGAUACAGUCUGGCGUAACAGGGACAGUGAUAUCGGCCCCGGCGAGCACACCCGUCAUUCCCGCUAUGCCGCUGGACGAAGAUCCCUCAAAACUCUGUAGGCACAGUCUGAAGUGUUUGGAGUGUAACGAAGUUUUCCAAGACGAGACGUCUCUUGCCACUCAUUUCCAGCAGGCUGCAGACACGAGUGGACAAAAGACAUGCAAUAUCUGCCAGAUGCUGCUUCCUAACCAGUGCAGUUUUGCAUCACACCAGAGAAUUCAUCAGCAUAAAUCUCCAUACACGUGUCCCGAAUGUGGAGCAAUCUGCAGAUCUGUCCACUUCCAGACUCAUGUCACUAAGAACUGCCUGCAUUAUACCCGAAGAGUUGGUUUUCGCUGCGUGCAUUGCAAUGUUGUGUACUCUGACGUGGCGGCACUCAAGUCUCACAUUCAAGGUUCUCACUGUGAAGUCUUUUACAAGUGUCCUAUCUGCCCCAUGGCAUUCAAAUCUGCUCCCAGCACACACUCCCAUGCCUACACACAACACCCGGGUAUCAAGAUAGGCGAACCAAAAAUAAUAUAUAAAUGCUCUAUGUGUGACACUGUGUUUACUCUACAACCUUUGCUCUAUCGCCACUUUGAUCAGCACAUUGAAAACCAGAAGGUGUCUGUUUUCAAGUGUCCAGACUGUUCUCUUCUGUAUGCACAGAAACAGCUUAUGAUGGAUCACAUCAAGUCUAUGCAUGGAACUUUGAAAAGCGUUGAGGGGCCACCAAACCUGGGGAUAAAUCUGCCUCUCAGCACUAAACCCACAAUGCAGAACUCAGCUGGCCACAACAAAGAGGACUCAAAAUCUGUCAACGGAACGGAGAAGCUGGAGAAGAAAUCUCCUUCUCCCUUGAAGAAAGCAGAGGCUAAAAAAGUUGCUACUCCUGGCUGGACGUGUUGGGAGUGUGACAGGCUCUUCACUCAGAGAGACGUCUACAUCUCGCACAUGAGGAAAGAACAUGGAAAGCAAAUGAAGAAGCAUCCGUGUCGACAGUGUGACAAAUCUUUCAGUUCAUCCCAUAGUUUAUGUCGUCACAAUCGUAUCAAGCACAAAGGCAUUAGGAAGGUUUAUACGUGCUCGCACUGCCCAGAUUCAAGACGUACUUUUACCAAGCGGUUGAUGCUGGAAAAACAUAUCCAGUUGAUGCAUGGCAUUAAAGACCCUGAUGUGAAAGAAAUGACUGAAUCUACCAAUAUGGAAGAAAGGGAAGUAAAAGAAGACACAAAGGUUCCUAGUCCAAAGCGUAAAUUAGAAGAGCCUGUACUGGAAUUCAGGCCUCCACGAGGUGCGAUCACUCAGCCACUGAAGAAGCUAAAGAUCAAUGUUUUUAAAGUUCACAAGUGCGCUGUUUGUGGCUUCACAACAGAAAAUCUUCUCCAGUUUCACGAACAUAUUCCUCAGCACAAAUCUGAUGGCUCCUCCUACCAGUGCAGGGAAUGCGGACUCUGCUACACGUCUCACGUGUCCCUCUCCAGGCAUCUCUUCAUCGUACAUAAGCUGAAGGAGCCUCAGCCGGUAUCGAAACAAAAUGGGUCUGGGGAGGAUAAUCAGCAAGAAAACAAACCGAGUGCCGAGGAUGAAUUCUCUGACAGUUCGGCAUCAGACCGGAGAUGCAAAGUGUGCGCAAAGACUUUCGAAACUGAAGCGGCCUUAAACACUCACAUGCGAACACAUGGCAUGGCCUUCAUUAAGUCAAAAAGAAUGAGUUCAGCUGACAAGUGAUGGGAUGGUUUGGGACGCAGAAAUCUCUCUCCACAUUGGAAUACUAAUGACAUUUUUGCUACAGAAAGUUCAAGGUAUAAUAGUGUUAGCAGUACUGUUCAGGCUGUUGCAAUAUAUUCUGCAUAAAGGUGUCCCCUUCACCUCAUUGUCUAUACCCUCAAAACCAUUGAAGCAGUAUUUGAGUUGAAAAGAAUUUGUAUAUAUUUAAACUAAUAACUUUUAUACUCUUUGUUAUGUGUUUGUAUCGGUAUCUAGUGGAAAAAUUGGGUUUUUCUGUUUUGUUUCUGUUUUUUUUUUCUAGUAAGUUUCUUUAAAACAGAGUUCUGAAUGCUGGGGCAGUCCCUUGGGUUCAACUGUUUCUUGUUUGAAUGCCUCCCAGAGAAAGUUUAGCUGACAGAACAGCAUCAGAAGGCAGUGCUUGGGGGGCAGUGGGGAUGGGAAGCAAGCUACGGGACGACUUUAAAUUCUGUGACCUUCAGCUUCUACAUGAUUAAGGAAGCUUUUAAACUU